GACUAGGGUGUGGUAUAAAUCCCCGCAGAGUCCACGAUCAUGCUUGUCCCGCUCUUUGCUCUUCUUCCUUAGGCUUGCCAACCUUCACCGACUAAUACGUGUAUUUUCCCGCCGCCAUGUACAUGAUCGACACGUCCUCCCUUUUGAAGACCUUCACAGGCUCGCUCAUCGCAACUGCACUCCAGUAUGGAUGGUCUCCCGGCGCGAACUCGACCGACUUCAAGGGGUACGGCAAGGUAGCUGAUUGUAGUCUGUCAGGCUUCGUGCCUUCGUUCCCGUCAAAUCAGACCCAGCUCACGGUCCCAAGCAACUUGGACCCGGAGUUCAUCGGUCUUGCGUUUGGCGUGCAAAACUACACCUGCUCAUCUAGCAAUACCUUCACAAAUGUGGGCGCGGUAGCCGAGAUAAUCGACGCCUCCUGCUACGUGAACGCAUCCUGGUUUCCCACAAUCCAGGACCUCUCGCGGUCAAUGUCCAUCCAGCAAACGAUCGAGUUUGUGCACUUCCUCAACCCGCCCGCGAAUCUCGCGCAGCACUAUUUCGUGCACAACCCUGUCACAAAUCAGGGCCUCUCUCCGAAGUGGGACUUCACGUCAAAUGGCAAGUUUGAGGGCAACUCAGAGGCGUUCGUCAUCGGGAGGGUCAACGGCACGCUGUCUAGCCCGAACGACGCUGCGACGGACAUCACCUGGCUGGAGGUCCUGAAUGUGGAGGGCAAGAUUGCGGGCGAACUUUUCCGGUUCGACUCGGUUGGCGGCCAGCCUCCGUCGUCUUGCACGUACGGCAAUGACUCGGACAUAUCUGUGAAUUACGUGGCGAAGUACAUCUUCUACGGCGGUGAUCUCAAUUAAUCGUUGUACGUUGGAUUCGGACUUGCGGAACCUAUUGAUUAGUUGAACAAGGCGCUCCGUACCACAUUCUUUGACACAUGGAUAUUGCUUUGACACAUGGAUAUUGAAUCGUGGCUUUUCACGGACACAGGACGCCAUUAGUGUAUUGUAAUUCAAAAUUUCUCAAACCGAUGCUAGAUGUGAAACGACUUCCUGCUCCUUGUCCGGUCAGCAGAAACUGGGCUCAAUUGUAUCCCUGGCAUUCACACAAGAUUUCGACGAAUCAGCUGCC